AUGCCGACGAUGUUCAGGUACAUGGAGUGUCUAAAGAAUCAUGCUGCCGCCUUCGACGGGUACGCCAGAGACGGCUGCGGCGAGUUUCUCGCCGCUGGAGAAGACGGCACCAUCGAAGCCCUCCGGUGCGCGGUCUGCAACUGUCACCGGAACUUCCACCAGAAGAUCCACUUGCAGCAUCAGGCCAUGGGAGAGGAGGUCACACCGCUGCGGGCUAUGGUGGUGCAGGCGGAGGAGGGUAGCGCCGCCGGAGGAGACCACCACCCGGCCGGGAAGAGGAAGAGGUUCAGGACCAAGUUCACUCAGGAACAGAAAGAGAAGAUGCUGGAAUUUGCGGAGAGGUCAGGCUGGAAGAUUCAGAAGCUCGGGGAGUCCGAAGUUAAACGUUUCUGUGAGGAGAUUGGAGUAAAGAGAAAGGUGCUGAAGGUCUGGAUGCACAACAACAAGUACUAUCCCAGCACCCUGCCCAAGAAGGUCGAGCCCGCCGCAGCUAUCGCCGCCACCCCCGCCGACACCAUGACGAUCAACAUCAACGCCGCUGCCACCGCCGCCGACGAGAAUUGA